CACGAAAUGACGCUCUCUGUGACGUAGAUUCCAUGAGCCGGAAGUGAGGAAUUGUAGUUGUCAGCGAUCCCGAUAGUGACAAGACGAAUCAAACCACAGCGUGAAAAACAGACGAGAAGCCGAUUAAAAACAGAACUUGUUUGGAGGAAGUGUCCUGCACACUGUGAAAGGAUGCACGGCCGAGUGAAGGUGAAGUCUACAGCCCAGCAGGAGGAGGAGAAGAGAAAGGAGAGGGAGAAGAAGCUGAAGAUUUACGUGGCUGCACGAGAUGCCUGUUUCUCUAAGAGGAAAGAGGGCGUCUGGGACGACGGCGCUCUCCAGAUCACCCAGCAGCUGCUGUCAUCCAACCCUGACUUUGGAACCCUGUGGAACUACAGACGAGAGAUCCUGAUGCACCUGGAGACUGUGAAGGAUGAGGAUGAGGUGCAGAAGAUUUAUGAGGCCGAGCUGUCCUUCCUGGAGUCUUGUCUCAAAGUGAAUCCCAAGUCCUACGGCAGCUGGCACCACCGGGGCUGGGUCUCCACCCGCCUGCCUCGACCCGACUGGGCCAGAGAACUGGGCCUGUGCGAUCGCUGCCUGAACCUUGACGACCGCAACUUCCACUGCUGGGAUUAUCGCCGGAUGGUGGUGAAGAAGUCCGGCGUGCCGGUGGAUCGAGAGCUGGCGUUCACCGACCGCCUCAUCGGCUCCAACUUCUCCAACUACUCCAGCUGGCACUACCGCAGCACGCUGCUGCCGCUGCUCCACCCGGAGUCCCCCGAGCCCCUCCCGUCACCGCGCCGACCGCCCCCCCGCUCCUCCCCGCCGGCUUCCCCGCAGAACCACUCCCAUCGCGUCUGCGAGGCGCAGCUCCUGAAAGAAUAUGAGCUCGUGCAGAACGCUUUCUUCACCGACCCGAAUGACCAGAGCGCCUGGUUCUACUACCGCUGGCUGCUCGGCAGGGCGGAGCGCGAGGAGAUGAUCAGCUGUGUUCUGGUGAGCCGGGAGGAGGAGACCGUGACCGUGGCCUUCUCCAGGCCCGUCGACGCGCAGCCCGGCGGGUUGAUGCUGUUGCUGGACGGUCAGCCGCAGACGGUUGAGUGGAGGAGCGUCCACCCGCGCUUCAAGCACAGCCCGGUGUGGAUCUGUGACCUUCCUCCCGGGACCAUCAGUGAUGUCACCAACGAACACAACCUGACGGUUCACUGGAUGGAGAGACACGCCCACAGGGACUGCGCUCUGUACACAGGUCGGACUGAGAGCUGGUGUCGGGACUCCGCCACCGAUCAGGAACUUUUCAGGAGCGAGCUGUCGGUGGAGAAGACCUCGGUGUUACAGUCCGAGCUGCAGUCCUGCAAACAGCUGCAGGAGCUGGAGCCUCUCAACAAGUGGUGCCUGCUCACCAUCAUCCUCCUGAUGAGGGCGCUGGACCCUCUGGGAUACGAGAAGGAGACGCUGGCUCACUUCCAGACGCUGAGAGAAGUGGACCUCAUGCGCUCUGCGUACUACAGCGACCUGUGCAGCAAGUUCAUGAUUGAGAACACGGUCCUGAAGAUGGAGUACGCUGAAGUGCGCGUCUUCAGCAUCUCCGACAAGAAGCUCACCACCUUAUGCCACCUGGACCAGCUGUUACUGGUCACCCACAUGAACCUGUCGUCCAAUCAGCUGCAGCGACUGCCCCCCCAGUUCUCCAUGCUGCAGUGCCUGGAGGUCCUGGAGGCUGAGAACAACUCGAUAGAAGAUCUGGAAGGCGUCUUUCACCUUCCCAGACUGGAGGAAGUCCUCUUGAAGAAUAACAAAAUCUCCACGCUGGCCGACCUGCGGCCGCUGGCCUCCUGCCCCAAGCUGAAGCGCCUGGAUCUCCGUGGAAACCCCGUCAGCGGGCUGGAGGAGGUGGAGGCGGCGCUGACGGAGCUGCUGCCCUCGGUGGUCGACCUCCUGCUGUGAUGGUUCAUGGGGGGGGGGGGGGCACUGGACUGUGGCUUGUUGCUUUACGGUUUAAUUUGAGAAAGUUUCCUUCACAUGUUUUUUUUUAUUUGAAAUGUUGUGUAACGCCUUAAAAUAUUUGACACUCUACUGUUGCACAGUAAGUCACGAUCCAGUAAUAAAAGCGCACACAUUGUGUCGCUGCCUUCACAAAAGCCUCUUGUGUUCGGCUGCAGAUGUGCAAUGAGUUCAUGAGGUGACGCUAAAGGUGCGUCGAGCUUCAUCAGGUUUCAUCAUUUCUAAAUCGUCCGUUUAAUCGUCUCAUUCAGACUCGUUGAGACACGUAAACGCUUCAAACUGAAUCAUGAACCAAAACCACACCAAGAAACUCAUCCGUCCCCCCAGCGGUGCUGCAGGAGGACUGUGGGGUUCAUCCUCCGGGCACCAUGAACGUGUGUGAAGACCUUUAUGGACAGAGACUUUCCGUUUGGACAAAGACUCCCAGUUUGGACAGAGACUCCCAGUUUGGACAGAGACUUUCAGUAUCGACGGAGACUCCCAAUUUGGACAAAGACUCCCAGUUUGGACAAAGACUUUCAGUUUGGACAAAGACUCCCAGUAUGAUGAAGACUCACAAUCCCUGACUCCUCCGGUCUGAUUUUCGAGGUGAGGUCGGAUCGGCCGCUCCCGCCUUUUGUUUAUUUUCAACAUUUGCGUCACGUUCUGCAGGCGUUGCACAUCCUUCUCACUGACGCAACGGCAGGGGGGAGAUGGGGGAGGAGGAGGGGGAGGAGGUGGGGUGGGAGAGAGCAACCCGACCGGUCGACGCGGAUGACUGGCGCUGCCUUUUUACGUUUCAGCGAAGCGGAGCGAGGGAGUGGCCCCGCCCACAAGGUGCCGUCGAUGGCUGCAUUCCAUUCAGCUGCUUCAGAGGCACCUGCGCCUCUGAAACCUGCGCGUCAUGAACGGGUGAAUGGGAGCAUUACUAUAACUGCUUACAACAACACCCUUAAUUAAGGAGAGUCACUACCUAAGAGAAAAAACAUUUAGCUGUUAGUUUACGUUCACGUCAUUUCAUUUUUCAAUAAAAAUUAAAUGCAAAAAUGAAAUAAACAAAUGAAUGUAAUAACUCAAUAAACGCUCCUCUUGAUGUAGUGAUGAA